AGCAUUACCUUCCAUUUACAUAACACAACACAACACAAAACCAGACAAAGGAAGAGAGAGUGUGUCUCUUGUGUAGUUACAGGUGAAGCAAAAGAAAGAAAGAAAGGAAGAAAGGACGCGUAAUAUAAGACGCGCGCAAGGCGGUUUUUGUUUGGGAUUCCCUUGUAACGGCGUUUUUAUUGUGAGAUACUUACUUAAUUGUCUAUACACUUUACACAAAACAAACUACUUUCUAGAGAGAGAGAUAACAAGCAGCAGCUCCUCCUUUUGGAGAGAAACAGCGAUAUUUGUAGAGUGGUUUUUCGAGCUGAUAAAAGUGGCUUUGUAACCGUUCAAAGUGGUUUAGCGUUACGGGUUUUGGAUCUCUGGGAUCGUUACGGAGACAGAGAGAGUAACGGGUGUGUUGUAGAAGAGGAAAAGUUUGAGCCUAAUGUAAAAAAAGUGAAAAUUAACGGCUUUGUUAAUAAAAAAUUUAUAAUUAACAGUAAUAACAACAAUAAUUGUAUUUUUCGUUGAUGCUUGUUUUGGUGAUUUAAGUGUAUAUAACGAGGAAAAAAAUUUGAGGGUGGUAAGAAGCUUUGAAUUUUUUUUUUUGGUGGGUUUCGUUUUGUUGUUGACUUGGUGGUGGUUCGAAAAUGAUGGCUGCAAAUCGGGUCGGGUCGUUUUCUCAGGGUAACAGUGAAGGUAGUUGUGGAGAUGAUCUGUAUACUGAGCUGUGGAAGGCUUGUGCGGGCCCACUUGUGGAUGUUCCUAAAGAUGGGGAAAGAGUGUUUUAUUUUCCACAGGGUCAUAUGGAACAGUUGGAGGCAUCAACAAAUCAGGAGUUGAAUCAAAGGGUUCCUUUGUUUAAUCUGCCAUCAAAGAUCCUGUGUCGUGUCAUUAACAUUCACCUGCUGGCGGAGCAAGAUACUGAUGAAGUUUAUGCACAAAUUACUUUGCUGCCAGAAUCAGAUCAAACCGAGCCUACAAGUCCUGAUCCAUCCCCAGCUGAGCCAUCAAGACGUCCAGCAGUUCACUCGUUUUGCAAAGUGUUAACAGCCUCUGAUACAAGCACUCAUGGGGGUUUCUCUGUUCUUCGUAAACAUGCUACUGAAUGCCUUCCACAACUGGACAUGACUCAACCAACUCCAACACAGGAACUGGUUGCCAAAGAUCUUCACGGUUAUGAAUGGCGGUUUAAACAUAUUUUCAGAGGCCAACCACGGAGGCACUUACUUACGACAGGGUGGAGUACAUUUGUUACUUCUAAGAGAUUAGUUGCUGGGGAUUCAUUUGUCUUCCUCAGGGGGGAGAAUGGGGAGUUGCGUGUUGGAGUGAGACGUCUUGCACGUCAACAGAGCAGUAUGCCAUCAUCUGUAAUUUCGAGUCAGAGCAUGCACCUUGGAGUGCUGGCAACAGCAUCUCAUGCUGUUGCAACACAAACUCUUUUUGUGGUCUAUUAUAAGCCAAGGACAAGUCAGUUCAUCAUAAGCUUGAAUAAAUAUUUAGAGGCUAUAAACAAUAAGUUUUCAGUGGGCAUGAGAUUCAAAAUGAGGUUUGAAGGCGAAGACUCUCCUGAGAGAAGAUUUUCAGGUACAAUUGUUGGAGUUGAAGAUUUUUCUCCUCACUGGCUUGACUCGAAAUGGCGCCAAUUGAAAGUUCAGUGGGAUGAACCUGCAUCUAUUCCAAGGCCUGAUAAGGUCUCACCGUGGGAAAUUGAGCCAUUUUCAGCCUCGGCACCGUCAAACAUUUCUCAACCAGUUCCAUUGAAAAACAAAAGGCCACGACCACCAAUUGAAGUUCCCACCCUUGAUUUAUCUUCAACUGCAUCACCCCUUUGGAACUCUCGAUUGACACAGUCCCACGAUUUAACGCAAUUAAGUGUUACUGCUGAAGGCAAACGAAAUGAGAAUCAUAUCAUGUGGCAUCACAAGCAAAAUGAUAUUAACAGCCAUAGCAACUCUAUUUCAAGGACUCAAACUGAGGGUGGUUGGCUAUCCUCUCCUCUUGUGAAUGUUUCUCAGCAUCUGUUUCAGGAAGUAACCGAGGAUAGCAAAAGUGUAUCCAACUGGCCCGUUGUCUCAGGCUAUUCCACUCCGCAGUCAUCAAAGUUGAAUGACUCAAUCCUUGACCCUGUGGAGAAAGGUAGAAAAUCAGAUGUGGCUACUAGUUACCGAUUAUUUGGAAUUGAGCUCAUAAAUCAUUCUGCAAGCUCACUCCCCACCGAAAAGGCACCUGCACAACCACUAAGUGUCUCUAGUGGUACUACUGAAGCACAUGUUGUCAGUACCCUGUCAGCAGCUGAUUCUGACCAAAAAUCUGAUAUCUCCAAAGAAAGGAAACCAGAACAGUUACAUGUAUCACCUAAAGAUGCUCAGAGCAGGCAAAGUUCUGCUUCCACAAGAAGUCGCACCAAGGUCCAAAUGCAGGGGGUUGCUGUUGGCCGGGCCAUUGACUUAACUAUGAUAAAGGGGUAUAAUCAGCUUUUAGAUGAGCUGGAGGAAAUGUUCGACAUUAAGGGACAGCUUCACCCUCGGGAUAAGUGGGAAAUUGUCUAUACUGAUGAUGAAGGGGAUAUGAUGCUUGUUGGUGAUGACCCAUGGCCUGAAUUCUGCAACAUGGUGAGGAGAAUCUUUAUAUGCUCAAGUCAGGAUGUGAAGAAGAUGAUGCCUGGUAGCAAACUCCCAAUGUUCUCAACGGAAGGUGAAGGGACUGUGAUAAGCUCAGAUUCAGCUGAUAACUGAAUCAUGGGACCCCUUUCUUCCUGUUUCAUUUUUGUUUUUCUCUUUCUGUUUGCUGUUGUUGUUUGUUUGCUGGGAUAAAGUAGGCUCUGGUGUGUAUUUGGGCUCUGGAGGAUAAUAUGCUUGGAGAGGAAAUACUGGCUAAUUUAGCAAGGCUCAGUUUUUUAGAGCUAACUACCGAAGGAAACUCUAAAAGAUUAUAUUGACUGGGUUCUAAGUAGUGGGGUUUAAACUGUAGGGCUAGUCUGUAAAUUUUUUGGUAAUUUGCUGGUAGAGGGUGGGGUAUAUGUUUCUUGUGUUUGUAAAUAAUUAUGUGAUUUGGCAAAAUGUAGUCUUGGUUUUUAGAGUGGAAAAAUUUUUCAUGCAAGAA